AUGGGAAGUGAGGUUGAUCAACUUGAGUUUAUUGAUGUGUUGCAAAGGCUUGGAGUGGAUUAUCAUUUCAACAAUGAAAUAAGGAACCUGUUGGACAAUAUUUACAACACACAAACAUCCAAGUUGAAGAAGAAUAACUUAUAUGCCACAGCACUCAAGUUUAGAAUCUUAAGGCAACAUGGUUAUCAUAUAUCUACAGAUGUUUUUGUUUGCUUUGAUUUGAAGACAGACCAAGCAAUUGAUGUUGAGGGAAUGUUGUCAAUGUAUGAAGCCUCAUUUCAUUCAUUUGAAGAUGAAACUAUAUUGGAUGAAACAAGAGAUUUCACAACAAAGUUUCUCAAAGAUUAUUUGAACCAAAAUGGAGAUAAUGAUAAUAUGUCACUUCAAAUAAGCUAUGCUUUGGAGCUUCCACUACAUUGGAGAAUUCCUCGAUGGGAGGCUCAAUGGUUCAUCGGUGUGUAUGAAAAAAAGAAAAGCAUGAGUCCAGUUUUACUUCAGUUUGCUAAACUGGAUUACAACAUUCUUCAAAGCAUUUAUCAAGAAGAACUUAAGUCUUCAUCGAGAUGGUGGGAUCGAACUGUUCGUGGAGGAAAGUUGAACUUUGCUAGGGAUAGAAUUGUUGAGAAUUAUAUUUGGACAGCGGGAAUAAUUUUUAAUCCAAAUUCGGGAUACUUCAGAAAAGUCGUAACAAAGACCUUUGCCUUAAUUACCCUAAUUGAUGAUGUCUAUGAUGUUUAUGGCACCUUGGAAGAUCUAGAGCUCUUCACAGAAGCUAUUGACAGAUGGGAUCUAAAUGGAUUGGAUAGUCUUCCGGAAUAUAUGAAAAUGUGCUUUGAGCCACUCAACAACUUUGUGAAUGAAGUGAGUUCUGAAAUCCAAAAUAAGAGCGGGCGGGAUAUCACUCCACACUUAAAAAAAGCAUGGACAGAUCAAUGUAAAACAUAUAUGAUCGAAGCAAGGUGGUAUCAUAGCGGAUAUACUCCAAGCCUUGAAGAAUACUUAGAGAAUGCAUGGAUGUCCAUAGGUACAACUAAUAUACUAAUUCAUAGUUACUUCUUGACUCAACAUGGAUUCAAAAUGGAAGACAUGGCUCGGUUAGAACAAAAUUCCAACAUAAUUCGGUUUUCAGAUAUGAUUGUACGCCUUGUUAACGAUCUCGGGACAUAUAAACGUGAAAAUGAUACUGGUGAUAUUCCAAAGACAGUUCAAUGCUACAUGAACAAAACGGGUGCUUCUGAAAGAGACGCGUGUGAGCAUGUAAAUUCCAUGAUAUUAACAGUGUGGAAGAAGAUGAAUAAAGAAGCUCAUACUUCAUCAUUCUCUAGAAGUUUCAUUGAUAGUGCUAUAAACAUUGCUAGAAUGGGAAUGUGCAUGUAUAUGCAUGGAGAUGGUCAUAGCAUUCAAGAUCCUGAAAUUAAGAAUCGUAUAAUGUCGUUAAUCUUUGAGCCUGUUCCUAUCAUAAGCACACAACAUGUCAGAGAAUUAGCAUCUUGGAGGAGUAAGAGAGGGAAGAGUAGCAAUGGAAUAAUGGAUCGAAUGACUUAA